CUCGUCUCCAUUUCGCACUUGCAUCAUCAACCCCAUCAUCCCGUUCACUUCUCAACGCGCCUUGUCCUUGCACCGUCCUCAACCUCCGAUCUCCCAAUUGCGCUUUUUGCAUAAUCUAUUUCCACACGCCGACUGCGUGUUUAUUGGCUUCGCGUAUUUGGUCCCACCGCAUCGCUACCACUUGCCACCAUGGCCGCCUGGUUACAGAAACAAAAGAAGGGCGAGCUCCUUGACCUUGCCAAAGAAGCUGGGCUCCGAAACACGGAUGGGUUGCUGAAAGACGAUUUGAUUGAAUCGUUAGAGAAGCACCUACGCGACCAUCAAUCCUCGCUGGGAACCAAGUCCGCCUUCAGCGAUUUCUACGGUCGCUUGUCGCCCACGAAACGCGACCGCGUCUUGGUCUCCGUCGGAGGUUCCGAGGGCGACAGGGAACCCAAACCGGCGCGCCAGCGCAGGAAGACGAUCAAAAGCGAAGAGGACGACGCCGAUACGCCCAUCAAAAAGGUCGUUGCGAAGACUCCACGCGCCAUCCAGCGCGUCGCGUCCGGUGUCCCUCUCCCCCGAUCACCGGCCAGCGCGGCCAAGCAGCGGGUUCAGGAGUUCACCGGCCAGGUAUCCAAGGCCAUGGACGAGGCGGGCGUCAGCGAGAACGUCGACGCGUUCCGACAUCAACUGAGCAACGUUCACUCGAUCAGCUUGAUCCUCCUCGUCCUGGAAGGCCUGGCGAUCCAGCCACUGGUGCUGCCGUGGGUGAAUUGGUUCGACAUUCCCGCGAACCCGUCUCUGCGAUUCCCCCAGACCCCGAUCUACGGGCCGAACGUGUACAUGCUCGCGUCGCAGGAAUAUUGGUCGUGGAUCACGGUGUGGUUGACUACCAGUGUCGGUCUCCCCCUCCUCGCUGCCUAUUUCUGCAACAUGACCCUCGGCGCCAAGGCGUCGUUCGAGAAGAAGUUUGACCCCUUCACCUUCCAUGUGGUCAAGGCGAUGGUUGCGUGGCUCGUCUUCGGCCAGGGCAUCACCCUUGGUCUGGCCAACUCCUUGACGAUCCGUCAAGUCAAUUCCGCCUUCUUUGGAGGAUACCAGUUCCUAUUGCUCGGCUCCGCCAUCGGUAUGGUCGCGAGCGUAUACGAUGCGAUUCUUCGAGGCAGCUCUUCAGUCGGGCGCCGAUCCUGAACGUGUUACGGUGGACGGGCGGUGGUACUGAUGGGUUUUCUGUGAGGCAUGCUGCCUGAAGAAGAUUGCAGCUCACUUUUGUUUCGCGA